AUGGGCCUUUUGAAAGGACAAGGAUUUAUGAAAGAGUUUGGUUCCGCUACUAAUACUAUGUGUCCUAGAAACUGUAUUUGUAACAAUCUGAAAGUAACAUGUCCAAGACUGGAUGAUGAUCUACAAAAUAUACCAGCAAAUACUAAAUCAAUAAUUUUACAACAGGAGCUCGUUUGUGAAGAUGUUCGCUUACAACGAUUGAUUAAGUUUGCCCAAAAAAGUCAUAUACAGCUAAUUGGUAGAUGUGUUCGAUCAGACAUCUCUAAAACAUUUCUACUUAAAGAUUUAAUCAAUUUAUCUACUAGCAACAUAACUGCAAAUCUAGCAAGUAAUUUGCAGCUAAGAACUAAAAGGGCGAGUUCAUUCCACUCAAACUAUGGCUUAUACUUACAUAAUGGACUGUCAAAGACAGAAGGAACAGUUAUCGUAACGAGAGCUAAUUUACUCCUGGAAGGAACGAUCUGUGAUCGCUACUGGACAUUAACAGACGCUGACGUUAUUUGUCGUCAGCUUGGUUUCCUAAGUGCAAGUUCAGCAAAAGGUACUACUAAUGGUACUACGUAUAAAGCCGCAGUCAUCACAUCAUUGUCGUGUAAAGGUGACGAAGAAAUUAUUGAUCAGUGUAGUUUAACCUGGAUUCAUCCUUAUAGAACAUGCUGGCAAUCCAUGGGUCCUGCAACAGUUAAAUGCAAGACUGAAAACCAUAAUCUCAAGUUUCCAGGCAAUUCACCCGUUAAUUGCGACUUUAGCUAUGGCUUUUGUGGUUGGAUGAAAAACGGAAACUGGCUAUGGUCUUGGAACGGAGGAAAAGGGCAUGGUGGUUAUGUAAAGUCAGGUAAGCCUUUCAUCUUUCUGCACAAGUCACCAAAGGAAGUAUAUUUACUUCAAGGAACUCUAACAAGUCCAACACUGAUAAGCUCAUCGAGUGGCAAAAAUAUCUAUAUCUCCUUUUCUGCCUCUAAAUCUUACUAUUUCCGCAGCAUAUUAGAGUUUCGGUACCGCUAUAUAGACGAAAAGGCAUAUACAAGCAUUAGUACCCAAUUAUCUAAAGUUGGCGGAACAUGGGAAACUUAUAUUUCAACUGGUUUCAAAGCUAAAAAGGAAUUUAGGGUAGAGAUUUAUUGCGCAAUGCCUAGAUAUGUGUCUGUGAAUUAUGGAAGUUUCGGCAUGAGUAAUUUGCAGGUUCAUGGAGCGCAAGUUGCAAUUAAAAACAACAGCGUAAAGCUAAUCAUAGCCUUAUCCCUUCUGAGUAUUAUUCCUAUUACACUGGUUGUCUACUUGCUGUAUCGUCGACGCCAGAAAUUAAAUUCCAGAGCCAACCUAAAUUUAGGAUCAGAUAAUCUAUCUAAUGCAAGGUUCAGGUUUAAUCAUCCCCGAGUGCGGCAUUUUAAUCUUCCUCCUGACUAUAAUGAAGUUAUAUUAAUGAGCCAGCAGCAAUCUGAAAGCAUUUCUACGCAGACUUAA